CUGCAUCUGCCACUUUUGUCUCUUUCCUCCUCCCUUCAUCUCUUCUCUCUUUCUCUGCACUCGAUUCCCCAUUUUGUUUUCUAUUCGUUCUAGGGUUUGAAUUAUUAGAGUCUUCCAUUGCUUUAAAGAAUCAUAAAAUAAUGAACCAGUAGCUGUUUCCCAGCUUAUUUUACAAUAUUUUUCUUUGUUUUCUGUUUUGAGCUCUCUCUGUGUAUGGCUGGCUUAGACUUGGGCUCAGCUUCUCGCUUUCUUCAACAGCUUCAACGCCCUGACCUUCACCUCCAAGGGCCAGUACCCGACGAAGAUCAUCAUGGCAACAACCCAAACCACGACGAUAACGUGUCUCAUGAGCUUGACCUGGCCAACCCUAAUCCGGGUCCAGGCGAUGUCGUGGCUCGCCGGCCAAGGGGUCGGCCGGCGGGUUCAAAGAAUAAACCCAAACCACCGGUGAUCAUCACCAGGGAAAGCGCCAACACGCUGCGAGCUCAUAUCCUUGAAGUAAGUAGUGGCUCGGACGUGUUUGAGUCUGUGGCCAUGUAUGCGCGGAAGCGUCAGCGUGGGAUCUGUGUGUUGAGCGGUAACGGUACCGUCACCAACGUGACCUUGCGGCAGCCCUCAGCGGCCGGUGCGGUCGUCACCCUGCACGGCCGUUUCGAGAUAUUGUCGCUGUCGGGCUCGUUUCUUCCUCCCCCAGCCCCACCCGGCGCGACCAGCCUGACCAUAUUUUUGGCAGGCGGCCAAGGGCAGGUCGUCGGAGGGAACGUCGUGGGAGCUCUGAUUGCAUCGGGUCCAGUCAUCGUUAUCGCCUCAUCGUUCACAAACGUGGCGUACGAGAGGUUGCCCUUGGACGAGGACGAACCAUUGCAGAUGCAGCAGCCUGUCUCUCACGAGUCGUCCAGUGGUGGUAGUGGAGGCGGCGGAGGCGGAGGCGGAGCCGGCAACCCAUUCUCGGACCCGUCUUCGGGGCUUCCUUUCUUCAAUCUGCCGCUGAACAUGGCGACUGGGCAGUUACCUGUUGAUCAUGGUUGGGCUGGGAACUCAGGUACUAGCAGGACACCUUAUUGACCUUUUUGUACGUGGUCGGAAAAGGUUAGGGCAUCCUUAGACUCCAAAAUCUCUACUCACUUCCUUUCUUGUUCACGUUUGCUAAUGUUGUAAGCUUUGUUCUCUCUGAAUUCUGAUAUUCUUCUGAUGUAUAACUUGAUUUGUAUGGAACUCCUUUUCUUCGCUCGUAAGUAGUUAAUUUGAGCAUUUCAGCUGC